AUGGCUGCUAGCAAAAGCCGUUCGAGCGGCCAGGUGCCAAGGGGCUCGUCCUGGAGACGUACUGCUGAUUAUGUCUACGCUUUCUUCUUCAUACUUCAUAUUGUGAUUAUGUUUAUGGUUGAUUUGGUUCCGCUAUACCCUGAAGCCUUGAAGCCAGCCUUCCUCGACGAUAUCCGCAGCUUUUAUAUCAACACCUACCAGGACAAAUUCUUCAUUGACCCUCCAGCUUGGUUUGGAAGCUACAUUGUUAUGGAGCUUGUUUACCAUGUCCCAGCGAGUAUAAUCAAUGCCUCCAAGCUUUUGAACGACGACUCAUCUGCACCACUCCAUGUACUUGCGUGGGCCAUACAGACUUUUGUCACUACCUUCACUUGUGUGGUGGAGGUAUGGAGCUGGGCUGAUCGUACAACCGACCAGAAGAUGAAUAUCAGCUUGCUCUAUGUUCCAUACAUGGUAUUCGCCGGACUCGUUGGACUAGACAUGUUUGUCCGUUUAGGGAGCGUUUUGAAGAAACUCAAGCGGGAUUGA